AUGGCAGAUCCUGGUAGAGAGCAUUGGAAUGUUGUAAAGAGGAUCCUUAGAUACAUAAAAGGAACCUCUAAUGUUGCAUUAUGUUUUGAAGGAUCAGAAUUUAUUGUGAAAGGCUAUGUUGAUUCAGAUUUUGCAGGAGAUCUGGAUAAAAGAAAAUCUACUACUGGUUAUGUGUUUACACUUGCUGGAGGGGCAGUAAGCUGGUUAUCUAAAUUGCAUACUGUUGUGGCUUUGUCUACUACAGAAGUUGAAUACAUGGCAGCUACUGAGGCAUGCAAGGAAGCAAUAUGGAUUCAAAGGCUAUUGGAGGAACUUGGGCACAAACAGGUGUUGACAACCCAUGCUGCGUUACCUCCUCAACUUUACUGGGAAAGGAUGCUUCCAAAUAGCCCAAUGCCGAAAGCAGUCAUAGAGUUUCUAAAGCAUGGUUUGCCUGUUGCUGAUCAUCAUCGAUUAGAUGAUGUAAAAGUAGACCUAAUUUUCUUAGAGGAAGGCCUUCGUCCUGGUACAAAGAUAAAUGCACACUUCUAUAAGAUAGAUUUUACAAAACCAUUAUUGCCUCUCCAAGUUGCUCAACAUAUACCGUUCUCUUCAAAAAAGAUGAAGGAAAUAUUGGAGAUAUUAUCUAUGAAACCUAAGUCAGAGAUUGCUAAAGUUGUAGAAAGAGAGAUUAGGAUUUGUGAAGUGCCUCCACCGAUUAUAGAGGAAAAACUUUGUGCUACUUCACUUGAAUCCAUGGUGGAUUUUGUCACUUCUAAGCUUGGGAAGAACGUUCGUGCUUUUUCUACAUAUGCAGAAAGGGAAGCCAAGUCACAAAAUUUCUUAGUGAAAGAUGGAGUGAAGAAGAUAGCAGAUGAAAGUGUCAUUGCUUGUCAUCUUAUGGAUUACCCAUAUGCUGUCUUUCUUUGUCAUCAUUUACAAAAUACCACCGCGCAUUUUAUGCCUUUGGAGGGAGAAGAUGGGACUAGAGUUAAAGCCAUAGCUGUAUGCCAUAAAGACACAUCAUUAUGGGAUCCAGAUAGUUUGAUAUUACAAGCAAUCAAAAUCAAGCCUGGAGAUUGUCUAGUGUGUCAUAUCUUUCCUGAGGUUCAUGUUGUGUUUACCAAGUUGAUGACUUAA